GGCCUGCCAGCCCGCCCGCCCGCCCGCCCGCCCUCCCCCCUGGCCGGCUCGGCUCCUCGGCGCUGCCUGGGGUCCUUUCCUCCCGGUCCCCGCCUGCCAGCCCCCGCUGCGCUGUGCCCUGCCCGGCCGGGCCUGGAGCCGACACCACCGCCAUCAUGCCGGCCGUGUCCAAGGGCGAUGGGAUGCGGGGGCUCGCGGUGUUCAUCUCCGACAUCCGGAACUGUAAGAGCAAGGAGGCGGAGAUUAAGCGGAUCAACAAGGAACUGGCCAACAUCCGCUCCAAGUUCAAAGGGGACAAGGCCUUGGAUGGCUACAGUAAGAAAAAAUACGUGUGCAAAUUGCUCUUCAUCUUCCUGCUUGGCCAUGACAUUGACUUUGGGCACAUGGAGGCCGUGAACCUGCUUAGCUCCAACAAGUACACAGAGAAGCAAAUAGGUUACCUGUUCAUCUCCGUGCUGGUGAACUCGAACUCCGAGCUGAUCCGGCUCAUCAACAACGCCAUCAAGAAUGACCUGGCCAGCCGCAACCCCACCUUCAUGUGCCUGGCCCUGCACUGCAUCGCCAACGUGGGCAGCCGGGAGAUGGGCGAGGCCUUCGCGUCCGACAUCCCUCGCAUCUUGGUGGCUGGGGACAGCAUGGACAGCGUGAAGCAGAGUGCGGCCCUGUGCCUGCUGCGGCUCUACAAGGCCUCGCCCGACCUGGUGCCCAUGGGCGAGUGGACGGCCCGCGUGGUGCACCUGCUCAACGACCAGCACAUGGUGAGCCUGCCCCGCUGCCCGGCCGCCAGGGCCGUCCCACUGGGUGCCGCGCCCGUUCUGCGAGGCGAGCCCCGUCACUGGGUCUCAGCCUGCUCUUCCUUCUCUCCUUCCCUCUUCCCUGUCUCUUUCUCUCUCCGGCCCUCUCGCUGCCUCUCUGGGAUUGGCUGCCUGCCACGCCUGUCUUCUCUUGUCUGCUCUGGGAUUGGAUGGCCCAGCGAGCUGGAGCCACCUGCCCCUGAGAGCCCCAUGACUCUGCUGGCUGACCCGGCUCCAGCUGCUGACCCAGGUCCCGAGGACGUCGGCCCUCCCAUCCCCGAAGCCGACGAACUGCUGAAUAAGUUCGUCUGCAAAAACAACGGGGUCCUGUUUGAGAACCAGCUGCUGCAGAUUGGAGUCAAGUCAGAGUUCCGGCAGAACUUGGGCCGCAUGUAUCUCUUCUAUGGCAACAAGACUUCCGUGCAGUUCCAGAACUUCUCGCCCUCCGUUGUCCACCCUGGAGACCUCCAGACCCAGCUGGCCGUGCAGACCAAGCGCGUGGCCGCGCAGGUGGACGGCGGCGCGCAGGUGCAGCAGGUGCUCAACAUCGAGUGUCUGCGGGACUUCCUGACGCCCCCGCUGCUGUCCGUGCGCUUCCGGUAUGGGGGCGCCCCCCAGGCCAUCACCCUGAAGCUCCCGGUGACCAUCAACAAGUUCUUCCAGCCCACCGAGAUGGCGGCCCAGGACUUCUUCCAGCGCUGGAAGCAGCUGAGCCUCCCCCAACAGGAGGCGCAGAAAAUCUUCAAAGCCAACCACCCCAUGGACUCAGAAGUCACCAAGGCCAAGCUGCUGGGAUUUGGCUCCGCUCUUCUGGACAAUGUGGACCCCAACCCUGAGAACUUCGUGGGGGCUGGAAUCAUCCAGACUAAAGCCCUGCAGGUGGGCUGUCUGCUCCGGCUGGAGCCCAAUGCCCAGGCUCAGAUGUACAGGCUGACCCUGCGCACCAGCAAGGAGCCUGUCUCCCGCCACCUGUGUGAGCUGCUGGCCCAGCAGUUCUGAGCCCUGGACUCUGCCCUGCCCAGGGGUGGCUGGCACUGGGCUGCCCCUAGGACUGGGGCGGCUUUGGAUGGGGCAGCGAGGGGACCUCCACUGGUGACAGGGAAGACCCAGGGGUGGGGGGGUGCCUGGGACCUUCCUCCGGCCUUUUGUAUUUUUAUUUUUGUU